AAAGAAGUGUGUGAUUACGCUUUAUUAUAAUAGUAUAGAUACUAACGAGAAUUCAAAGAUCUUUAUAACUUAAAUAGAAGUCAACUCUGUAUUCUUGCCAACUUUUAUGCAAAAGUUUGAUUGUGGGUUUUUACAAUUCACAAAUGAUAACAAUUAUUUUUUUUUAAUCAAAUCUUAAUAUAAAAUUAGACUUAUCAAAGGAAAUUACGAAACUUGUUUAUUUAUCAAAAAUGUUAUUACGACAUAUCUAAAGAUAAUGAUCUAAAAGCGAUAGUAAAAGCGUAUAAAUAUGGUUGAAUAGUAUAAAUUAGGAAUUAUCAAUAAAUAAUAAAUGUAACAAAAAUGUUCGAAUUCAAAGGUGAUUUACAAAAUUUAACAACAAGGCAACUAGAAUUUAUUAGUGAUGUGCUUAGAAAACAUAACUACGUAGGUACAGCAGUUUGUAUAGAAAAUGUUGGAGAGAAAGGUGACAAUUACGGUUCUCAAGUCAAAAGGAUUAAAGUGCAGUUUGGAAAUGGUAAAGAGUUUAAAGUUAUAGCAAAAAUAUUGCCAAAUAAUAUGAAACAAAAUGAUAUAGUAAAUUCAAUAUUUAUGAAUGAAAUCAUUAUGUUUAAUGAAGUACUGCCUAAGUUUAGAGAGUUGCAAGAAAAUGUAGACAUUCCCGAAGAAGGUUUGUUCCAAUACCCUGUCUGUUACGGAGCUUUAAAAGAAAUAGAUAAUGAAAUAAUAUUGAUAGAAGACUUGGAAAUAUCUAAUUAUACAAUGUUGGAAAAGAUAAAUACAUUAAGCAAUGACACAGUAAAACUUGUACUAAAGAAUAUAGCAAACUUUCACUCCAUGUCUUACGUAUUAAAAAACAAAGAACCACAACUAAUAAACAAAUUGUCAGAAUCAUUAUUUGAUCCAAUGUUUAAUUCAAAAAACAUAACUCAGCCUGAAGUAUUCUUUGAUGGUGUAAUACGAGAUUUUAGGACAAUGUUUAACACUAGCAAAUAUAAAGACAUUACAAUAAAUGUAAUGGAAAAUUUUGUUAAUACUUGGAAGAAACUCAUCUCAAGCGACAGAGGCACAAAAUAAAGUGUUAUUCUGCACGGAGAUUUAUGGACUAACAAUAUUAUGUUUCAGAUGCAGAAUGGAUCACCAGUCAACUGCACAUUCAUCGAUUACCAAAUGUCUCGAGAACUUAUCCCAGUAGCCGAUAUCCAUUAUUUCAUAUUU